UUUUAUUUAUUUAUUUGCAAAACAUUUAAUUGCAACAAUAAGAACCAAAAAAUGUCCACUAAGGAAGUAAAAGCUUUGCUGAAGGGAGUACGAGAAGCUAUAAGCGCUGAAAAAUAUAAAGAUGCUGUUAAAAUGUGUGAAGAAGUUUUAAAGGCCGAGCCCAAUAGUUACAUGGGACAUCUGCUAAUGGGUGCCGCAUAUCAAAGCUGGAAUAAGCAGGAGGCUGCUAAAUAUUUACGUAAAGCUAUUGAAUAUUGUGCACCUCAACAGCCAACUGUUGCUUUGCAUGGCCUGUCGAAUUGUGCGCCGACUGAGGAGCUGCCAAAAAUUUUAGAACAAUUAAUAGAACUAGUGCCCGACAAACAAUUGGAUUAUCUAGAGAAACUGUUCACCAUUGCGUCCAAUAGUAAAGUAGCUCAAGAAUCUUUUAAUAUCUUUAGACGCCUAGCAGUAAAAUCUCAAGAUGAUGAAAAGAAAACUAUUUUAUUGAAAUAUUUAGGUCGUAUUUGGAUACAACAUAAUUUACCAGUGGAGGCUGGUGAUGAACAAUUGUAUAAAUCUUCUUUAGAAUCUAUACUAUUGGAUGCUUCCUCAGACGUUUAUUUGUCGGCUUCUAAACGUUUUAUAAAGUUAUUAUUUAAACAAGACGAUUUAAACCUGUGUUUGGAACGUGCUUGCAACUUGAUUGAAUUCUAUCCUGAAGAUAUAUACGCUUACGAGUGGAUUUGCAAGAUCUAUUGUGAACAUUAUAACUUUUCGAAAAAAGAUUGCCUUGAGAGUUUAAAAAAUCCUAUAGAUUUUUAUGCCACAAAAUUAUUGGAAUUAAAUGGAGAAUCAAGUUUAGGCUGGUUGGUGAAAGCAAUUGAUCUUUAUAAUUCAGAAAAAUUUGUGGCAGCAAGAGAUAUUUUGUACAAAGUGCAAAAAAUACAACCCAACUAUGAGGUGGCAAUUAAAUUGUUGGCUUUUGCCGAAAUGCAAUUGGAAGCGUAUGGUUUAGCCGAGGAGUUAUGGUGUCAACUUAAAGCAAAUGAUAGCCAGGAACAUGCUAUUUGUCUUUCGCACAGCGAAGAAAAGUCGAAAUUAAAUGAAGCUGUAACGAUAUUAAAAGCCAAGGAAUUAACUAUGGAAAUAAAGCAAGCUUUAGCAAGGUGUUAUUACAAAUUAGAAGACAAUGAAAGACUUCAGAGUUUAGAACUGGAUGCAUUAAGCAAAGCUGAAUUUUUACUUUCUCCCUCUGAAGCUAUUGAAUACAUACAAUCAUCUGUUACAGAUUUAGAUAGCUAUUACGUUUUGUUUUUAAUGGGAAAAUGCUAUUAUGAAGUACAAAAUUAUAACAAUGCCUUAACCUCUAUUUUAAAAGCUACUCGUUUAAAACCAUAUAGUUCUGAAUGUUUUUAUUAUUUGGGUAGAAUUUAUUUUGCUACAAAUGAUAUAGUACGUUCAAGAAAAUGCUUUGAAAAAAAUGUUACACUUAAUCCAUUAAAUGAGAAAGCUGUGGAAAAUCUAUCUGUUAUAUAUCAGCAAUUGGAAGAAGAGGAUUUAAAUUUAUCAUUGCUUGUGAACACUUUAAAAUAUCUAAAAAACUCGGAAAGAUCUAAACAUAUACACUAUAAGCUGGGCUUACAUUAUCUAAAUGUCCAGAGGUGUGAUGAGGCAAUACAGUCAUUCCGCACAGCUAUUAAACAUGAUGUAACCUGCAUGAUAUAUUGGGAAUCCUUAGGUGAUGCUUAUGCCGAAAGAGGUUCAUACAACUCAGCCAUACGUGUAUUUCAAAAAAUUCUUGAAAUGCAACCCGAUAACUUAUACGCCAAGUUACAAAUUGCCCUAAUGAAGACAACGAUACGCAUGUUUACGGAGGCCAUACAAGAUUUUGAUAAUUUACUUAAAGACAAUGAAAACUAUUUGCCAGCUUUAAAGGGGGCAGCCGAAGCCCACAUUGGAUUGUCAAAUAACUUAAAGUUAGAAAAUCUAUUUGGCAGAGCUAAAUAUCAUUUACAAAUGGCCAUCAAUAUGCUGCAAAGAUGCUUUUUAAAUCCUGAACAUUUAAGUAUGGUUUGGCUGUGGCGUUUAGCGGCCAACGUUUUUGUAGCUACUGCUCAAAUGCCUGAAUCAUUAGCAAAUCUGGAUGUUAGUGGUAAAUUAGCUAAACGCGAUACAGAUAUAGCUUGUUUGACACGCAAAGACUUGUUAAAUUUGGCUCUAAGAUUUUAUACUUGUGCUUUAAAAAUUAAACAAAAUACUUAUUUGUGGUAUGAAUUGGCGCUAUGCGCUUACUAUUCAGCUGACUAUAUGCCCGAGGAUGCCAAAAUUCAUUUAGAAAUGGCUACGAAAGCCUGCCAAAUGGCCAUUAAGGAACAAACAAAUAGAUGGCAUAAUUGGAAUUUAUUAGGUGUUAUAAGUUUGCACUCUGUUAUAGAUAAUUUGCCUUUGGCUCAACAUUGUUUUAUACAAGCCCUGAACAUAGAGCGUAAAUCAUAUACAACUUGGACAAAUUUGGGAGUUUUAUAUUUAAAACUUAAUGAAAUAAAAUUGGCCAAUCUGGCCUUUCAAAGAGCCCAACAAUCUUCACCAGUAUAUCCCAAUGCAUGGAUUGGUCAAGCUAUGAUUGCUGAAGCUAUAUUGGAGGAGAUAGAAGCUGUUGAUUUAUUCCGCCAUUGUCAACAAUUUGAGUUCCAUGCCGAAUCUUCCCUGGGCUAUGCCCAUUGGAUUUGUCAUAUUCUAUCGGACAAGAAAAAAUAUCAAUUGCCGCACUAUAAAUAUGCCAUUGAGACCAUGUAUGCUGAUACAGUUGCAUUGGAUGCCAUCAAUUGGUAUAAUAUAUUAGAAGAAAAUAAUCCCUCACCUUCGGCCUACUCAUUUCAAGGUUUUCUAAGCGAACGUCAAAAAUUAUAUAGACCGGCGCUUAAGGCGUACGCAAUGGCUGCCGAAAACUGUGCUCCUGGUGCGGAGCGUGAUCUUUUGUAUACAAAUUUGGGCUAUGUACAUCUAAAACUCAAUGAGCCCACUGAAGCCAUUAAUGCUUUCAAUAAGGUCACACAUGCUUCAUUUAAACCUAUUAUAGGUUUAGCUUUGGCCUAUUUUAAAGCCGGUCAACAUCAAGAAUCGUAUUCGGUUUAUAGUUCGGUGCUGAAGAGUGUUGCCGGUAUUGAGGAUGAUAAAGCAUCACGCAUUUUGGUGGCCAUGGCAUCAAUGGUUUAUGCAUUUCAGGGUGAAGCCGAUACAAAGACUAUUUUAUAUCAGUGCAUACUCCUUAAAGAUUCUCCCAUACAAGCCUUGUACUCUGCCUGUGCUUUGGGCAUUCUACAUCACGACAAUCAAUUGUCAGAGACCAUAUUGAUAGAGUUAAAGAAAUACGAGAAUUCUGAACAGCAUGCUGCCCAUAUUGCCUUCCUAACGGCACAAUAUUAUAAAGCAAAUCAACAACCUCGCAAAGCUCUGGCAUAUCUAAUGACGCGUGUUCAUAUUUUCCCACAAUGUGCCGAGUUGCGUAAAGUUUUGGCCAGUUUCCUAUUGGAUAAUUAUGGUCAUAAACGUCAAUAUUAUAAUGCCACCAGUCAAAUAGCUUUAAGUGCCAUUUCAUUGGUGCAUGGCAGUAAAACGAAAAAAAGCAAUUGUAUUGAGGACUCGGAAACUUUAUUAAUUGCCAGCAAAGCUCUACAGCCGGUGGAUACACAACGUUCUUUAAAACUUAUACAACGAGCUAUAUUAUUGCAUCCUUCGAAUAAGAAUGCUUGGAAUGCUUUAUUAAAAGUUCAUUAAGUGAUAAAAUCAAGAUAUUUUUUUAUUCAAAUUAU